AUGGAGGGAAAGUCGAUGAAAUCGGAAUCACCAACAGUGAGCGCGAUUCUACUCACCAAAAUCAAAGAAUUCACUCGAGGUUUACUGGUGAAUCUCAGCAACGGACACUCACCGAUCAUUCUCCUCGAUCGAUUCAGAAAUCACUGCAUCCUUCCAGAUUCCAACUGUGCCUGUAGUUCCAAUUUACCGUGCGGCAAAGAAGUUCUCACACUUUGCAAGGAAACGCACGUUCACAGACUAGAUGUCAUGUUGAGAGUUCUGCUGAUUGUUCAGAAACUUUUGCAAGAAAACAAACAUUGUUCCAAGAGAGAUAUUUAUUACAUGCAUCCAUCUGUGUUUUUGGACCAAUCAGUUGUGGACCGUGCUAUUAAUGAUAUAUGUGUCCUUAUGCAGUGCAGUCGCCAUAACCUCAAUGUGGUUUCUGCCGGGAAUGGGUUAGUUAUGGGCUGGAUAAGAUUUGUCGAAGGAAAAAAGAUAUUUGACUGCAUCAAUUCUCCCAACGCGGCUUACCCUAUUCCUGUUUAUGUCGAAGAAAUUAAAGAUAUUGUAAGUGUUGCUGACUACAUAUUAGUUGUUGAGAAAGAAUCAGUUUUCCAGAGAUUAGCAAAUGACCAGUUCUGCAACGCAAACCGUUGCAUUGUCAUUUCUGGAAGAGGCUACCCAGAUAUUCCUACAAGAAGGUUUUUGCGGCUUCUGGUUGAGAAUUUGCACAUACCUGCUUAUUGCUUGGUGGAUUGUGAUCCUUAUGGCUUUGAUAUCUUAACCACUUAUAAAUUUGGCUCAAUGCAAAUGGCUUAUGACACGAAACAUCUUCGUGUCCCAGAGAUAUACUGGCUUGGAGCUUUUCCUUCAGAUUCUGAGAAAUACUUUGUUCCAAAGCAGUGCCUCCUUCCUUUGACUGCUGAAGAUAAGAGAAAAAUUGAAGCCAUGUUGCUUAGAUGCUACCUUCAAAGAGAGGUCCCACAAUGGAGGUUGGAGCUCAAAAUGAUGUUGGAGAAAGGAGUGAAGUUUGAGAUUGAAGCUUUAUCCGUGCACGCACUUUCAUUCUUGACAGAGUCUUAUAUACCAUCCAAAAUUCAUGGUCAAGUUAACAUCUAG